GGGCUUGUACGCCUUUUGUGGACCUCUGCUGGGCCGUAUACGUAGACUUGAGCUCCCCGUCGAUUCCGGUGUUGAUACACACACACACACAUACACAUACCUGUCCCGCGUGCACCACUCAUGUACUCGUUUAGCUUAAAACCGACGGGGCGGAAGGUGGACCCGGCGUCGGCCCCGCCCCGCCCGCACACGUCAUCCGUGCUCCUAUUGAGCUGCAACAUCGCAACGCACCGCACUCGGAUCAGGAUGACACGCCUCUGCCCCCCGACCACCACCACCAACUUCUCUCGUCGGAUCACCCCUCGAAUGGCGGGGCCUCCGACAGGAAUGGCGCCCCCGCCGCCAAUCCACCGUCUCCGCAGCCCCACGCGCUCUCCACCGCGUCCUCGCUGCUGCACCCACCAGUGCUGGUGCACAACGUCAGCGCGUACGCCGACAUGCGCGACGCGGCGGAUUGGUCAGCCGCCGUGCAGCGCGAGCGGGCCGAGAAGCGGCAGCGCGCCCUCUCCCUGCACGAGGCCGCAAAGGCAGAGGAACAGCACCGUCGCGAGGUGGCAGAGGCGCAGAGCAAGCGCGAGCUGCAACGCCGCAAGGAGGAGCGUCAGCAGAUGCGUAAAGCGCUAAAGGAAGACGAUGAAAUGACUGAUUUCCAAGACCGCAGCACGCAGUUCCUUAAAAACCAGCAGCGGCUGAUCAACCUGGGUGCUUCCGUGGCGUACGCGGAGCAGCAGCACAAGGCGCGGGCGAAAGAAGACAUGCAUAAAACGUGGACGAAGAGCCUUACAGGCGCGUCUGCUGGUGCCGCUGCGAUGACAAUGACGAUGACGAUGGGCAACAGCACGACAGGGUAUCCGCUGUCUUCCGUGCCUGUGUCGUCGCGCGCAGCAGGUCCGCCAGCCGCGCGGACGGCAGCGGCGCUGUCGAAGGAGAGUGAACUGCGGCAGGCGGCGCUGUACACGGAGGACGCGUACGUGCAGCUCAGUCUUGCCUACCGCAACGAAGCACACCGCUCGCGUGCGACGGCGGGUAUCUUGGCCGCCCCGGCGGCGAACUCGGCCGUCGCGUCGUCGACGGCCGGCUCCGCACCAGCGGUCACCGCCUGUGGGCCGGGACCUGCCUCCGUCGCGCCCUUACCCUUCCGCACCGCCCCGCAGAUGUACUGCCACGACUCGGCAGACCACAUGGGUUCGUUUGCACACGACAUCCCAACCACGUACAUACCGGAGUACUUCGAAGACCGAUAUGGUGCGACGGGGGCGGUGUCCGCGUCAGGGGCGGCGAAUGGUUUUGGCGAGGAGGUGAUGCCGCUGCCUCUCACCCCUGCUCCCGUGAGUCAGGAGGCGAGCAACGCGCUGCGGCACAGCUACUACCCCUGGGCCGCGCUGGCCGACGCAGGAACCGACAACGCGAAGCCGGUGCUGCCGUCGCGCGAGGCGUACUUCCCGGUGGAGCGGUGGGGUGCGGCGGAGCUGCAGGCCUCCAUCUACGGCCACAACGUGCAUCCCAAUGGCACGAUGCAGGAGUCGUGCGAGCGGCGAAGGGAGUUUGCGGAGGACUUCAACUACACGACAAUUCCGUGCGACAACGCGACCGCCACGAGCAACUCUCCGGAGAAGAUCGAGCCGUAUCAUUCUGGGAAACGCAUAGAUGUUUGGCUGUGA